AUGGCGGAGUGGGUCGCGCUCACCGUCGCCGUCGGCCAAGCCGCGCAGCAGUGGCUCCGAGAGAACCGCAUCGAGGAGCAGCGCAUCGCGUACCGGCAAGCCAGCGCGGAGCUCGCGGACGCGAAGAUGAAGUGGGAGGCGGUGCCGAUGGAGAAGCGCGCGAUGCAGAGUAAGAUCGACGAGCUCGUGUUGCGGGUCGAGACGGCUAUUGUGAGCGUGGUUGAGCCGCUGCCGCAGUCGUGUAACUGCCCGAGCUUGGAGGUGCUCGUGGAGAGGAGCGAGAGCGCGGAGGAGGGGGAGGAGAAGAAGAAGGAAGGGAAGGGGUUGGAGAUUUGA